CCCGGCCCGUACACUCGCGCCCUCUCCUGCCAUCGACCACGCCGCCCCGCCGCCCCUCUCACUGCCGCCGUCGCCGUCACUACCUUGGCAUCAAUAUCUCACGUAACCAAUAACAACAAAUGGGAGAUGUUGACAAAAGUUGAAGUUAUUUGCAAUGUUUAGUUUUUUUUUUUUAUCUUUCAAACGACUUGCAAAAAUUUUAAUUGCUUUCUGUUUAAUGCUUGGGUGUUUGAGAAAGCCCCUCCUGUCAGGCAGCGAGUGAGCCACUUAGAUGAUCAUACUGGGGUAAUUUACUUGGAGGAGAUAAGAAAAAAAUGUGCGAUGGAAAUGCACGUAUAGAAAUGUAAAAUAUAUGGCGGCUAUAUUAUUACUGAACGAUAAUUUAAUGUGCAAUUAAUCCAGUAAAAAGAAACAAAAAGUUGGCAGAAGUGUUAUGUGUCGUAGAAAAGGAUAUUAUUGUGUAUUUAUGAACAAGAACUGUGAAGGGGUGAUAAGAACGAUCAACAGCGACUCAUUAUUGUUAAGAGAGAGCGUCAGUCCUGGGUGGUGAGGAGGGGGUGGGGAAUAAAGCGCCCUACUUAUUGUUAUUCAUCGUCAUGAGCCCACGACUCCACCUCAACACUGCCAAAAUCUGGAGGGUCUUACUCAAUAAGAUUUAAACACGAACCACCAUGCAAAAUUGAAACCAGAAAACGCUUAAUCUUAUGCUGUGAUUGAGUUUGUCAUUAUUCAUAUACCUCAAAUAGCAUCUUUCUCAUUCUCAAAUUACUCCUUUGUAUAGUAUCGCUUUUUUGCGGUAUAUGAACACUGCGGCAAUGUUCUCGCUUUUUAGUUCCGUGAUUGACACUGUGUUUGUGACUUCAUAAGCUAUGAGGGAGACACUAGGAGUGGAAUAUAGUCAAGGCGGAUGGGCUGAUGCAGGAGACUUGAAGAAAAAAUCAGUGCGGGAGCGACAGAAGAGAAGCAGUGUGGCGGCAGUGCGAUACACGACCAACAAACGACAAGAAAGGUUCGAGACAGUAAAAGUCGAAGGCAAGUUGGGUAGUGGGAGGCAAACUGUGAUAAAUAUUAAACACGGAGAGCAGCGCUGUGGGGGAGGACUACAGGAACUGCAAGAAGGAAUGGCGGAAGGAACCUAUAGAGAUCUUUAUGUUGGUCAUACUGUCACUGUGAAGGACGACUACCUAGAUUACACACGACCUGCCGGGAACGACCCUGCUCUGUCUUGGUCCACUAUAAGCGGAGGGCGACGCCAGCAGUGGAUACGAAGAAGACUCCUUGUGGGAGAACGAGAGGGUGAUGAAAGAGAAAAAGAGGGACUAAAUAAUAUCACCAGGAACAGUCAAGCUACCAAGAGGGAGGGAACUUUACCCUGUGAUAUAACUGAAUCUCUCUUAGGGGAAUCUUUCCUAGAUUCUGUUGUGGCAAGUUGGGGACAUUGUUGUGGACUAGGCGACAACACUUACUCGGUGCCCCACGACGACUCUUGCAACACAGACGUAUUAGAGGCAUCACAAAAAUUCUUUACCAACGACCAGUCGUCGUUACCGCUGCCAGCCAUGACGACCUCUCACGCUGCAAGCCAUCCGAGUGGUGGUAAGGGUAGUACGACACAACCAUACAGGACAAUACCCAGUAUGCAGAGGUCAUAUCCAAGGCCCUCGGGGUCUACCGUCAGUUUGCAUUGGUGGUCUCUUGUGAUGUUCUGCCUGGUGAUGCUCCUGCCCAGCACCAUUGGACUCCCUGCUGUCAUCCGCAUAGCACUGGAUCGGAGACCUACACUUGUGGCCGAGAGGCUUCUUCUGGGAAUCUCCGUCACGAUGAAUGUGCAUUUAUGGCACCCUUGUGGGUUCUGUGCAGACAUUCAUGAAGUAGGUCGAGUGGACUUCCGCGACUGUCAGUGGGGCGACGGUGCCCCCUGGGACCUUCCCGGGGGUAGUGGUGCCCACAGGAGCCCCCCAGGGACGCCCUCUGGGGCCUUACCAGAGACGGUGACUCUCCCAGGUGCCAUCCCAGAGGCAGUAGCGUCCCCAGGGGCUCUGACAGGGGUGUUGGUGCCCCCAGGGGCUCUUGCGGGGACAGCAGCGACCACAGGGGCCUUCCCAGGGACAGUGGUACCCUCAGGGGUCCUUCCUCCAAGGGCCCUAGCCUUGGGGCAGGGUAUCCCGCCUCCAGUGGCGCUCUCAGGGGCCUUCCAUGGAAGCUUACACCCUAGGGGCAGGGUGCGUGUCGUCAGCAAUUCCUUAACUCCUGAUUGGUGGAAUAAAAUGUAA